GUUCUCACCGCACCGGACGCUGUAACGUACCGGACCGUGUAAAAAAAUAUUACCAGGCCUUUAAUGCGCCGUUUUCACUUUUUGAGCAAUGACGCUUUUACUGGAUUACCAAUUUGCACCGCUCUCAGACAAUAAGGAGAUCGGCACAAAGGCGUUUUUGGAGUCUGUAUCUCAUCUGCCGUCUUUCUUUGAUUGCCUUGGUUCCAAAGUCUUUGCACCAAUUAGGGAUGACAUAAACAGAAACAUCACAAAAAUUAAAGCUGUCUAUGACUCAGAUCCAGUGAAGUAUGAAACACUUCAGCAGAUCCUGAUAGCUGAGAAAAGCAUCUAUGGUUCAGAAUGGCCUAAAGCUGGAGCUACACUGGCACUUAUGUGGUUAAAAAGAGGUUUGCGGUUCAUCCAGAUUUUAUUGCAAAGUCUAGCUGAUGGUGAAAAAGAUGAAGAAAAUCCCAAUCUUAUCCGCAUCAAUAUUUCUAAAGCAUAUGAUGAAGCCCUCAAAAGGUACCAUGGCUGGAUAGUCCAGAAGGUUUUCAAGGCUGCAUUAUUUGCUGCACCCUACCGGUCGGAUUUUCUUAAAGCUUUAUCCAAGAAUCAAGAAGUUGCUGAGGAGGAUUGCUUAUCUAAAGUUCGUCAGUUUUUAAUAAACUUCACGGCGACUGUGGAUGGCAUUUAUGAAAUGUAUUCAAUAAUGAAUGCUGAAUUAGAUUACCAGGUUUAAAAUGUUGCUUUUUGUGGAUUUACAUGUUUCUGACAGGGCCUUUCUCCUUACAAAAUAGAUACACAGAUCAAUUGUCAUAAUGAUCAUUGUUGUGAUUUUAGAUUAGAUCAUUCUAUAUUGUACUGUAUUAAAGGGAAUUUUCCUGUAUUUACUUAUUAUA